GUUGUGCGCAUAGACACUUUCUGAAUAGGACGAAAUAGAGAAGUUGAAUGUAUUUGCCAGCACCAAGAUAAUCUCUAAAACUUUUCACAGGACAUAUUUAAGAAAAAAUAAAAAAGAUCAGUUGACCUAACCUAACACGCGCAGUUGCCGCUGAAGUGAAGUGUGGAAGAAUAUGGAUAACAACAUAUCUGAAAGAACAAUGUCAAAUAACUUGCUGGAGGAGGUAUUCAUAAAGCGCUCUCAGCAAAAGAAGAAAACUUCACCCUUAAACUUCAAAGAGAGAUUGUUUGUACUCACACAGGAAAAGAUUGCGUACUAUGACUAUGACAUUGAAAAAGGGAAGAAGAAAGGAUUAAAGGGAUUUGUUGACAUUGACAAGAUUAAAUGUGUUGAGAUCGUGAUUCCAGAAGACCAUGCUCCUCCUGAACGAUUAUUCCCAUUUCAGAUAGUCUAUGAUGAGGGACCGCUCUACAUAUUUGCCAAAACAGAUGAUAUACGAAAGCAGUGGAUACAUAAACUUAAGCAUGUGGUACGAUUCAACAAAGACCUAAUACAAAAAUACCACCCCUGUUUUUGGGAGGAUGGCAUGUGGAAGUGUUGCCAGCAGGAAGUCAAGCAGGCUAUGGGCUGUAAGGUGCUGGAAAUGAGAAAUGGAGGACUUUCUGCAGGAUCUCGGCGUAAAUCAAGAAAACCUCUUCCACCUACACCUGAAGAGGAAAAGCAUUCUAUAUCUUUGCCUCAAGAGCCACCAAAGCAGCACGGCUUUUUAGUGGGUAUGACAGUUAUUGCUGAAUAUGAGUACUUUCCCAUGGCACCUCAGGACCUGGAGUUGAAAAAGGAUGAUGAAUACACAAUCUUGCAAAUAUGUGAUGCCAACUGGUUAAGAGCCAGAGAUAAAAAUGGCAAAGAGGGAUAUAUUCCAAGUAACUAUGUUACUGAGGCCUUAAAUGGAUUGGAGAAGUUUGAAUGGUAUUGCAAAAACAUGAACCGCAGUCAAGCAGAAAAUUUACUUAAGAAUGAGAAUAAAGAUGGUGGCUUUCUGGUGCGAGAUUCAGGAAGAUACACUGGAAAAUAUACUGUUUCCGUUUUCACCAAGGGCCAAGGAGAUAUGGUGGGAAGCUGCAGACACUACAACAUAUUAACCACUCAACAAGGACAGUUUUACCUGGCAGAGAAGCAUUAUUUUGGUAAUAUUCCAGACCUAAUCAAUUACCACCAGCACAAUGCUGCAGGAUUGGUGAGCAGACUAAAAUACAUUGUGUCAAAUCGAUCUCAGAAUGCUCCAUCUACCGCAGGUCUAGGUUAUGGAGUCUGGGAGAUUGAUCCCCGCCAACUCACUUUUAUUAAAGAAUUAGGUAAUGGACAAUUUGGAGUUGUUAAGUAUGGAAAGUGGCAGGGUCGACAUGAUGUAGCCAUCAAAAUGAUCAAAGAGGGUUCUAUGUCAGAGGAUGAUUUCAUUGAAGAGGCUAAAGUGAUGAUGAAACUUCAUCAUGAAAAUCUAGUUCAACUGUAUGGCGUUUGCACAAAACAAAGACCUAUUUACAUUGUUACUGAGUUUCUUCCAAAUGGUUGCCUACUGACCUACCUACGGGAGUCCCUGCGAAAUCCAUCUACUGUUCAGCUCCUUGAAAUGUGUAAAGAUGUGAGCGAAGGAAUGGCAUACCUGGAAUCCCAGCAGUACCUUCACAGAGACCUUGCUGCCAGAAACUGUUUAGUGGAUUUAAACGGGACUGUUAAAGUGACUGAUUUUGGACUGUCAAGGUAUGUCCUCAAUGAUGAAUAUACUAGCUCUGCUGGCUCACAGUUCCCUGUACGUUGGUCACCUCCUGAAGUACUACUUUACCACAAAUUCAGCAGCAAGUCAGAUAUCUGGGCAUUUGGAAUUUUAAUGUGGGAAGUCUAUACACUAGGUAGAAUGCCAUAUGAACGUCUAAAUAAUACAGAGAUAGUGCGAGAAGUUACUGCUGGCUAUAGACUGUAUCGCCCUCAGAUGGCCAAUGAAAGAAUCUACUCCAUAAUGACCAAAUGUUGGCAUGAGAAACCAGAUGAAAGGCCCACAUUUCAGGAUCUUGUGAUGGUCAUUCAGGAUUUGCUUUACAAUCUUCAUUAGUUUACAGUCCUAGUUACAGUAAAUGCUUGAUUUAUGAAUAUAGCCCAGGAAGGAAAUAAAGAUUUGGUCAUGAACUAUUGCUUCAUUUAAGAUUGGUAAACAUAAAACAAUUAUUUAAGAUUUGAUGUAAUUUAUAUAUAUAUAUAUAUAUAUAUAUAUAUAUAUAUAUAUAUAUAUAUAUAUAUAUAUAUAGUAUCUCACAAAAGUGAGUGCACCCCUCACAAUACUAGAGAAAUUAAAUUUAGAUACAGCCAAACCCUGAUAAUUCGCGGUUUGGAACUCACAAUUUGCGGGUUUUUCAUUUGGGAUGUGCUUCCCAGGACAUGUCGAUUGCCUCAAAAUUGGAAGGACUUUGAAAUUUAUGAAUUGCUUAAUGUACUCUGUACUAAUGUUUCUUUAUUUUAUUUACUAGGUUCAUACAAGUACCAACAGGAUGCUUUAUUGGUACUUCUUGAUAUACUGGUUCCUUUUGGGCCUUUUUGGUUUAUUAUAUGUUUUAUUGUUGUUAACCACAUUUUUUUCCUGUUUUUUGCCCUUUGAUUCAGAUUUGGGGAAACAUGUUGUAUUGAAUAUUGUAAAUGGAUGCAUUUUGGUUUGUGCCAUAUAUGUAUAUUAGUUGUGUUACAACGAAAUUUCUUGUUGGGUAAGGGAGUAUUAUGCAGGAAGUUAGGUUUGAGGUCAUAAUGGAUGUACUGCAGCUCUAAAUAUGAGCCAGAGAUAGCUAGAGAGUUUAGAUGCAAUGUUUAUUCGACAGUGGUGAAUUAAUACUUCGAUUGUCAAUAAAGCAAGUAAAGUGAUCUACCGA